UCAUAAACACAACGCGGCUCUAGCAAAGUAUAAUACACAUAAAGUUGGCGUUUUCUAGAAUUUCUAUUCCUCUCGUCUACCGUUUCUUUUUUACCUAAAACCAUAUCGAUUCUGUGCAAUAAAACGCACAGUACAUUUAAAAUAAUAUUAAACCAAUCAUUACAAUAAUGGCAAACAACACGGCAAUUUGGCACUGCCAGCUCUGGAUGGGAGGCUUGGAGCCAUACAUGACUGAAACCUUUGUCAAGAGUGCGUUUGAAAAGCUUGGCGAGGCUCCAAUGGGCGUCAAAAUCAUGAGAAACAAAUUCACCGGCGAGCCUGCAGGCUACUGCUUCGUCCACUUCAAGACAGACGAGAUCGCUUUGGAUGCUAUGCACAAAUUGAAUGGAAAAGUUAUUCCAUCUUCCAAUCCACCAGUUCGAUUCAAGCUGAACCAUGCAAGUACUACUGGAAAGCCAGGAGGUGAUAGUGAUUUUUCUCUCUGGAUCGGUGACCUGAGCCCAGAGGUGGAUGAUUAUCAACUGUAUAGACUCCUAGCAUCCAGAUAUCAUUCUCUGAGAACCGCUAAAGUGGUGAUGGACCCGUCAACUGGCGUGAGCAAGGGUUACGCAUUUGUCAAGUUUUCAAACGAGGAGGACCAGAAAGCGUGCCUGAUCGACAUGAAUGGCUACAAGGGUCUGGGCAACAAGCCGCUCAAAAUAAGUAACGCUGUGCCAAAGAGCAAGCAGGCGGCCGCUCAGGCCGCGGCCGAGGAGUCGCUGAACGAGAAGGCGCACGCAUACCUCGAGUACUGGCAGAACUACAGCCAGUGGAACAGCCAGUACGGCAACUCUGGCUACUACGACCAAUACAACCAAGCGUCGAGCACAACCUCCACCUCGUACACCACCUCCCAGUACGAUCAGCAGACAGCCGCUGCAGUGGCCGCGGCUGCUGCUGCCGCCAAAGCUAUAGAGUCGCAGCCACCACUGCCGGCUGAGGCGCCCCCACCAGCUCCCAUCCCUGAAGAGUUCCAGCUUGUUGAGCACAACGUUCCAGAGGAUAUUGACAUGCUCAAUUACCUCACUUGCCAGAGGGACAAUCAGCUGUGGGACUCCCUGAUAGAAUCCAAGUGGCUCCCUUCAGAAGUUUGUGUGCCCUACUUUUAAUGAAACUUAUCCUGAAUGGCAAGAUAACAACUCUGGUUUUGUUAUUGCAAAAUUAUCACUGCAAAUGUGUGAAAGAAUUUGUUUACCAUUUCCUUACAAUAAAAAUCCACACUUCACUUAG